GUCGUUAGCGUCGUUAGCAGCUUUAGCACCAGCGCGGCUCCGACAUGAAACCGCCGAAAAAACCGGAGUUAAACCGCGACAAACCCUCAGAUCCGGCGCACAACCUCCACCCCGGAGCCCAAACCCGUUAAACCGAUGUCUGUGGGCUAGAAUCGACCGCUUCCGCCAUGAAUUUACGAGGACUUUUUCAGGACUUCAACCCCAGUAAGUUCCUGAUCUACUGCUGCCUGCUGCUCUUCUCGGUGCUGUUGGCGCUGAGGCUGGACGGACUCAUCCAGUGGAGUUACUGGGCCGUGUUCGCUCCCAUCUGGCUCUGGAAGCUCAUGGUGAUCAUCGGGGCGUCCGUGGGCACCGGAGUGUGGGCGCACAACCCUCAGUACAGGGCGGAGGGUGAGACGUGCGUGGAGUUUAAGGCCAUGCUGAUCGCCGUGGGUCUUCACGUCCUGCUGCUGAUGUUCGAGGUGCUGGUGUGCGACCGCGUGUCCCGGGGCUCCUACUUCUGGCUGCUCGUCUUCAUGCCGCUCUUCUUCGUGUCGCCGGUGUCCGUGGCCGCCUGCGUCUGGGGCUUCAGGCACGACCGCUCUCUCGAGCUGGAGGUCCUGUGCUCCGUGAACAUCCUCCAGUUCAUCUUCAUCGCUCUGAGACUCGACAGAAUCAUAAACUGGCCCUGGCUGGUGGUGUGCGUCCCCCUCUGGAUCCUCAUGUCCUUCCUGUGCCUUGUCGUCCUCUAUUACAUCAUCUGGUCCGUGCUGUUCCUUCGCUCCAUCGACAUCAUCGCCGAGCAGCGCCGCACGCACAUCACCAUGGCCAUCAGCUGGAUGACCAUCGUCGUGCCGCUGCUCACCUUCGAGAUUUUGUUGGUGCAUAAGUUGGACGGACACAACAGUUUGAGUUUCGUGUGUGUGUUUGUUCCUCUGUGGCUGUCGCUGCUCACGCUCAUGGCAACGACGUUCGGACAGAAGGGAGGAAACCACUGGUGGUUCGGGAUCCGUAAGGACUUCUGUCACUUCCUGCUGGAGCUCCUUCCGUUCCUGCGGGAGUAUGGAAACGUGUCGUACGACCUGCAGCGCUCGCAGGACCCGGAGGCGCCGGACGAGCCGCCGCCCUCCAGAGAAACGGCGCCCAAGAUCGCCCCCAUGUUCCACAAAAAGACCGGCGUCGUCAUCACGCAAAGUCCCGGGAAAUACUACGUCCCGCCGCCCAAACUCUGCAUCGACCUGCCCGACUGAACACGAAAACAAACGACAGAGAGAAAAGUCUGGACACGCCUUUUCAUUCACCUUUAUUUUUUUUAAUUUUCACGGUCGAUUCUCACUCGCCGCGUUUACAUCUUCCUCCCGUCUCCUCCUCCUCAGCCGACGGACGGAAAAUAAAACCCAAAAUAAGAAAAAAAAAAAAAAAUAACAACUGUUUUCUUCAUUAUUUUUCUCCAAAACCAAAAUGUAAAAACAGAUGAUGAUUCGUUUUUUGUGUUUAAAUGAAAAAUGGAAAAAAACGAAUAAUGACCGUUUCCUGUUUACGUGACUUAAACUGCGACGCCGGACUGAACCGGGACUAAACCGGGACUAAAAUGCAAAUAAACUGGGACUGAAUGGCGACUAAACCGGGACUAAACCGAGACUACACUGGGACUAAAAGAGGACUAAACCGGGACUAAACUGAGACUAAAACAGGAUUAAACCGGGACUAAAGCGGGACUAAAGCGGGACUAAAGCGGGACUAAAGCGGGACUAAAACGGGACUAAAACGAGACUAAAACUGGUCUAAACGGCAACUAAAAUGGGAUUAAACGAGUCUAAAACAAGACUAAAACGCAACUAAACUGGGACUAAAACAGGACUAAAUCAAGACUAAAAUUGGACUAAACCGAGACUAAACCGGGACUAAACAGGGACUAAAACAGGACUAAAACGUGAAUAAACCGGGGCUAAACGGGACUAAAACGCGACUAAAAUGGGACUAAACCGGGACUAAAAUGCAAAUAAACUGGGACUAAACCGAGACUAAAACGCAACUAAACUGGGACUAAAACGAGACUACACUGGGACUAAAAGAGGACUAAACCAGGACUAAUACGAGUCUAAAACGGGUCUAAAACGAGACUAAAACGCAACUAAACCAGAACUAAAAUGGGACUAAAAUGCGACUGAAACGGGACUAAAACGCGACUAAAACGUGACAAAACUGGGACUAAAACGAGACUAAAACGGAACUAAACCAGAACUAAAACGGGACUAAACCAGAACUAAAACGGGACUGAAUCGGGACUAAAAUGGGACUAAACCGGGACUAAAACAGGGUGUCAGGACAAGCCCAGAGGUGCACCUGUGUAGACUGUCGGGUGAUCAGGACUGAGACCGGUUUAGUCCUGGUUCAGUCCUGUUGUAGACCUGGUUUAGACCUAGUUUAGUCCUCAUUUAGUCCUGGUUCAGUCCAUUUUUUUUUUUUUCCAUUUUUCAUUUAAACACAAAAUCAAAAACUGAAAAAACUAAUCAUUAUCUGUUUGUUUUUUUUUUCCCCAUUUUGGAUUUGGAGACAAAUAAUGACGAAUUUUGUUUUUUCUUUUUUUUUUUUUUCUCUUUUUUUCUUUUUUUAAAAAGUUUUAUACAAGAAAUUUCCCAGGCACACUUAUUUUUGACCAAUCUGAAGUCCGCCGAGAGUUAAAAAAGUGGAAUAUUUAGGCUCAAAACCAGGAGACGUUUGGAAACACUCAGAUUGACGACUUCCUUUGGGCGUUUUCGAUGAUAGAAACGCUGGGAAAACAGGAAAUAUCCCGGUUUUCUUCAUCUAGACGUUACUCUCUUUUUUCUUUCAUAAAUCGCCGUUUUAUUUGUCAUUUUCAUUUUAUAAUCCGUCUAAAAAAAAGAAAAACAAACAGACGUGUGCAGUGUGGCGUUCUGUUCCGUUCACAUCAACAGUUCCAACCCGGAAACUGAAGACCUGAUCAGAGUCCUGUCCCGGUUUUCCUCUCCUUUCUGGGUUUAGUUUAGACCUGGUUUAGUUCUGGUUUAGUCCCGGUUUGGUUUAGACCUGGUUUAGUCCUGGUUUAGUCCUGGUUUCGACCUGGUUUCGACCUGGUUUAGACCUGGUUUAGUCCUGGUUUAGUCCUGGUUUAGUUCUGGUUUAGUCCUGGUUUUAGUCCUGGAUUUAGUCCUGGUUUUAGACCUGGUUCAGUCCUGGUUUAGUCCUGGUUUAGACCUGGUUUAGACCUGGUUUAGUCCUGGUUUAGUCCUGGUUUAGUCCUGGUUUAGACCUGGUUUAGUCCUGGUUUAGACCUG